CAAACCAAAAGAUUUCAAAAAAUAGACCUACAAUAAACAAAAGAAAUCAAUGAAUAGAAUUAUCGACGAAGAAGAGUUCUUGAGGUCGAAGGACGACUCGCCACCAAGCGUCUACGAGUAUCCUCGUCAGACACUGUAUGGUAUCUAUCCAGACCUGUUGCCAUAUAGACUGAGAAGUUGCAGAAGCGAUGACUCUGCCGUUUGGCUCUAAUCAACGAUUGACUGUCCAGCAAACCCUUCAACAACAAAUGCAACAGGUUCCAGGUCGGGCGCAAGACAUGCACGCGCAGCAGCUGUCCAUGGCACAGAAUGCUGCUAUGUCUGGAGCGCGUUCCCAAUCAGGCUUGGGCAUGGCGACGCAGAACACGAUGCAGCAGCAGCAAGCACAGCAACAGCCCCAGCAAAGCAUGCUGCAACAGCAAUUGCAGUCACCUGGUAACUUUCCCAGCUGGUACCGACACCCUCAUCCUGCUGCUCCAUCAGCAAUGGGACCGACGAGUGGGAUGGCGAACUCUGUGGGAGGAACACCAGGCCAUGGCAAUUUUCCGCAGCAGCCCAACCAUGUGCAACAGCAGCCACAGCAGCAGCAGCAGCAGCAGACACAACAGCUUGGCCAGUUUGGUAUGUCACAGCAGCAACAGCAAGCUCUGCUUCAGCAGCAAAUGAUGCAGCAGCAACAACAACAGCAGCAACAGCAACAACAACAACAACAACAACAGCAGCAGCAGCAGCAACAACAACAAAUUCCACAGCAGCAGCAGCAGCAGCAGAUUCCGCAGCAGCAGCAGCAGCAGCAGAUUCCGCAGCAGCAACAACCGCAACCCAGUCCUAUGGCCGUCUCCAUGGCUGGUCAGUUCAACCCAAUGGAUAUGCAACAGCAGAUGGCGCUACAGCAACAGCAGCAGCAUCAGCAUACCGCCGUGUAUCAACAGCGUCAGCAGUGGUUUGCCGCUCAGCUGCGCGGCGAGAACAUGGGUAUGGCACCGCCCCCUGGCAUCGGUGCUGGGAACACCCCAAUGGGAAUGGGCGCGAUGCAGAGCCUCGGACAGUCGUCGAUGGCCAGCGCCAUGAGCUCCAUGGCCAUGCCGGGCGCCGCCAUCAGCCAGCAGCAGGCGGCGACGGCGGGGCAGACGCCCAUGCAUCCGGCGCACGCGCUCCCGCAGCCGCACCACCGUGGCGCUGCUGCUGCUGCCGCCGCUCCGCCAGUAGCAAUGACCGCCGGUGGUGCUGCGGCUGGCGGAGCGGCCAUGCCCGGUGGCAAUCCGUCCCUGAUGCAGGUGCAUCGGCCCGACGAGCGACGUCUCGUCAUGGAACAGCAGCACCACCAGCAGCAACAACAGCACCAGCAACAACAGCAGCAGCAGCAGAACCCAGUAGAGGAGGACGAUCUUGACGACGAUCACGGCGAGAAGCAGGUGUCGACUGCGCGCUUCCGCCGCAACCACGAGCUCAUGUCGGAGAUCUUCAGCGACGUGAUUGUGCCGAUGGACGCCGAUUGCUCGAUCCUGUGCGUGCGUAAUUCGCUGCGCAUGGGAGAGGUACUGGACGGUGUGGGCGUUCAGCGUGACACUCCGCUGCUGGGCCCCGACGAUAUGAAAGCCAUCGAGGAGGCUGUGGAGCUGAAGAGACAGGCACUCACUCAGGACAUAGCAGAUUUGGAGGAUCGCUGCCGUGCUAGGCAGCAGCGCGUGCUGGACAGAAAGGCGGAGUUUGACAAUUGCUGGCAUAGCAUGAAUGCUGGUGGUGCUGGCAGCUCACGAUCUGCAUCACCCACCAAAACCGUAAGGUGAUCAGCUGAGUGUGUCGUGUUAACUGCUGGAAUAGGGCUGGCGAUAUGUUGCUUACUCACGGCAGAUUUCUUUGUGUGUCUCUCUGACACACACACACACACACACUCUCCCUCUCUCUCUCUCUCUCUCUUUCUGUAUCUCUCUCUCUCUCUCUCUCUCUCUCUCUCUGUAUCUCUCUCUCUCUCUGUCUCUCUCUGUUCUCUCUGUCUCUCUCUCUCUCUCUCUCUCUCUCUCUCUCUCUCUCUCUCUCUCUCUCUCUCUCUCUCUCUCUCUCUCUCUCUCUCUCUCUCUCUCUCUCUCUCUCUCUCUCUCUGUAUCUCUCUCUCUCUCUCUCUCUCUCUCUCUCUCUCUCUCUCUCUCUCUCUCUCUCUCUCUCUCUCUCUCUCUCUCUCUCCCUCCCUCCCUCCCUCUCUCUCUCUCUCUCUCUCUCUCUCUCUCUCUCUCUCUCUCUCUCUCUCUCUCUCUCUGUAUCUCUCUCUCUAUCUCUCUCUCUCUCUCUCUCUCUCUCUCUCUCUCUCUCUCUCUCUCUCUCUCUCUCUCUCUCUCUCUCUCUCUCUCUCUCUCUCUCUCUCUCUCUCUCUCUCGCUCUGACUCUCCUAUAAAACAGUGCUCGUGAGGAGCAUGUCUCAGAUGUGUCCACUCUUCAAAUCACUUUCCUUUGUUGUGUACAGUUAUGUGCAUCACACCCCUAUGCCAGAUAUCGCACCAUGUGAACUACAAUACCUUAGUCCGUGUGUCUAGUGUAGAUUUGAUUAUUCUACUAUAGCUAGUGGCCCAAUUUCAUGCUUCUUUUCCCCCUUGAUACCCGCAUGCUCCCGUUCUGUUGACUAUGCUGAGAAUGCAGGCAUUCACAAAGCAUAGUACCUGUGCUGUUUUUAGAUGUUCAUCUGGUAUGUUUAUGUGCUGAAUGCGGCGGCCGCUUUUGUUUGCACGUCCGCCCACGCUGUAUGAGCUGUCUGCGUUGCGUCUUCUUAUUGCCCCCCCCCCCCUCUCUCUCUCUCCCCCCCCCCUCCCUCUUCUCUUCUUGUUUUGGUUUCAUUUUUUUACCAGCAUCAUGUUCGUUAGGUUUGUCUCCAGGCUAUGCUAUUAUUCUAAUCUCUGGACAGCAUGGUCUUUCGUACGCAUAUUCCAAAGUGUGUUUUUCGUCGCUGCCACGGUUCUAUUCUGUUUUCAAUAACGUCAGCGCAGUACACUAUCAUAAUGUUCACCUCUCAUCGAUAAGCCUUUGCCGGCAUGUCUUGAAUAAGAAGACUGCAUGGGUGCGGCGGCGCUCGUGAAAUCUUGACCCGUGUUGGCGUUACCGGGAUGAAGGAACUAACGUUACACGCACUAAAAUGAACUAUAACGUGUGCUUGCUUAUUGUUGUUAUGUGGUCCAUGAUAUUAUAAUAAUACAUUGGCCACAACAUUCUACUUCAGUUGCCCGCAGGCUGGGGACCCGAAACAGUACGCUACUGCUUUCUUACAAAACACAUUGAUUGCUGGCAUCCUCUCCUGCUCACGGUGGUCUGCGCCGCUUUUGCCGUCACUUUUCAGUCUUCAGUUUGUAUUCAUUUUCUGCACAUUAUUAUUUUUGCUUUGAUCAGUUGUUCUGACUUUUUUGA